UCGUCUUGAAAAUUUCAAUAAAGUCGGUCGGUGUCCGUGUGUUGUGCGGGUGGUAAUUUUUGUGUGUGUGUAAUAGGAAAAAUGCAAAGCUACAGAUAAACUUGAAAGCUGCAGUUAAUACUACAGUAUAACUCAGUAUCUUAAGUACGUUGAAAAUGCGAAAUAUGUAAGAAACGCAGCGGACGACACGCAGACGCAGCGAAAAGACGUAACGGGCAGACAAAGUGCAUUUUAGGGCGUGUUUGUAGCCAGCCAGACCCCUUCUCCCCCCCAAGGCUGACACUCAACAAAUGUAAAAAAAAGCCAAGCACUUGCAAACAGAUUUAAUUGUUGUCGCCCACAAAAAAAUUUGGUGAGCAAAAAUCGCAACAUCCUUGAAUUUUGUCUACUCUCAAAUUGCAAAGUGGAGUGGCAAAACGGAACGGUGUGUGGAGCGGGGAGCAGAAAAGAGCGUAUCUCGUGAAAGAAAGAAAAGAGACGACGACGCACGAAAGAAAAUGUGUAGAGCAGCGAAUUAAAAUAAAGCAAACGCGAAUGCGAUAAAAUACAAAAAAGAAAAAGUGCAUACAAUUAUUUAUCGCAAGGGAAUAAAGCAAAAAAAAUAAGAAAAAUAAAAAAACGCAGUUGCAACUGAAACAAAAUUGUGCAAAAAAAAUUGAUAUAUAGUAUAAGAAAAUAGUGUAUAAAUUGUUAUUGCUGCGCAAGAGCGUAUCAGCAGCAGUAGCAACAACGACAGUAGCAACAGCCACCCCCACCCACCACCAGUAGCAGCAGCAGCUCCAUUUGUGGGUGCAUGUGAUUGAAGAUGGGGGCUCAGCAGGGCAAGGAGCGGGGCUCACAUUCGAGCGGGGGCGGUGGUGGACAUGGCGGCACUGUCAGUUGCAUCGGUGUCUCAAGCAGCAGCAGUCCAGUAGCAUCUGGAUCACCACAUUGCAUUAGCGUGGGCAGCUCGGGAGGCGCCCUAAGCGCUGGCUCCACAUUACGCGGCUCACGCAUGAAAUCACACCAGUCGGCGGGUCAUGGCAGCAGCGGCAUCAGCAUUGGUUCAAGCGGCUCCAGUGGAUUGUCAUCACAUCGGGGUGGCUCCAAUACCUCCCAUAAGGAUAAUCGUUGCAAUCCAACCGUCGGCCUAAACAUAUUUACCGAACAUAAUGGUACCAAGCACAGCUCUUUUCGCGGCCAUCCCGGCAAAUAUCACAUGAAUUUAGAGGCACUGCUCCAGUCACGUCCAUUGCCACACAUUCCGGCCGGGAGCACAGCGGCCACAUUGCUUGCGGAUGCCGCUGAACUCCAGAGUCAAGAGUCAAAUGUCGGUAACGUGCUCGCAUCUCUCGGUGGACACAGUUCGGCGACAUCAGUAUUUGAGUCGGCGCAUCGUUGGACAUCCAAAGAGAAUCUGUUGGCACCUGGACCCGAAGAGGAUGAUCCACAGCUGUUUGUGGCUUUGUAUGACUUCCAAGCAGGCGGCGAGAAUCAGCUGAGCCUGAAGAAGGGCGAACAGGUGCGCAUCCUUAGUUACAACAAAUCCGGCGAAUGGUGCGAAGCUCAUUCCGACUCUGGCAACGUUGGCUGGGUGCCCUCCAACUAUGUGACGCCGUUGAAUUCGCUGGAGAAGCACUCCUGGUACCAUGGACCCAUCUCCCGCAAUGCCGCCGAGUAUCUGCUCAGCUCAGGUAUCAAUGGCAGCUUCCUGGUGCGUGAGAGUGAAAGUUCUCCCGGUCAGCGCAGCAUUAGUCUCAGGUACGAGGGUCGUGUUUACCACUAUCGCAUAUCGGAAGAUCCGGAUGGCAAGGUCUUUGUCACGCAGGAGGCAAAGUUCAACACGCUGGCGGAGCUAGUGCAUCAUCAUAGUGUGCCACACGAGGGACAUGGUCUGAUUACUCCACUGCUCUAUCCAGCGCCCAAACAGAACAAACCAACAGUCUUUCCAUUGAGUCCAGAACCCGAUGAGUGGGAGAUUUGCCGCACAGACAUUAUGAUGAAGCACAAAUUGGGUGGUGGUCAGUAUGGCGAGGUGUACGAGGCGGUGUGGAAGCGUUACGGCAACACGGUGGCCGUCAAAACACUCAAAGAAGACACCAUGGCGCUGAAAGACUUUCUGGAAGAGGCGGCCAUCAUGAAAGAGAUGAAGCAUCCCAAUCUGGUGCAGCUUAUCGGUGUGUGCACCCGUGAGCCGCCCUUUUAUAUUAUCACUGAGUUUAUGUCGCACGGCAAUCUGCUCGACUUUCUGAGAUCAGCGGGCAGAGAGACGCUGGAUGCGGUGGCUCUGUUGUAUAUGGCCACGCAGAUAGCGUCGGGCAUGAGCUAUCUCGAGUCGAGAAACUACAUCCAUCGGGAUCUGGCGGCGCGCAAUUGCCUGGUCGGUGACAAUAAACUGGUGAAGGUCGCCGACUUUGGGCUGGCGCGGCUGAUGCGCGAUGACACGUAUACGGCGCAUGCGGGGGCCAAGUUUCCCAUCAAGUGGACCGCCCCCGAGGGAUUGGCAUACAACAAGUUUAGCACCAAGUCCGAUGUGUGGGCCUUUGGUGUGCUACUCUGGGAGAUAGCCACUUAUGGGAUGUCGCCAUAUCCGGGAAUUGAUCUCACCGAUGUGUAUCACAAGCUUGAGAAGGGUUAUCGGAUGGAGCGACCACCUGGUUGUCCACUGGAGGUGUACGAUCUUAUGCGACAGUGCUGGCAAUGGGAUGCGGCGGAUAGGCCCACAUUCAAGAGCAUACACCAUGCGCUGGAGCACAUGUUUCAGGAAUCGUCCAUCACCGAAGCGGUCGAGAAACAGCUUAAUGCCACAGCCAGCGCCGGCUCCACAGCAGCAGCAGCGGCAUCUGGAGUGGCAGCCGUUACAGCGACAGCACCCGUAACCACGGCCAGCGCCUCCUCAUCGGCAUCGGCAUCGCUCAGUCUGACGCCACAAAUGGUCAAGAAAGGUUUACCCAGCGUCGAUCCACAGCAGCAGCAGCAGCAGCAACAACAACAACAGCUGGCCAGCACACCCAUGUCAGAAACCGGCUCCAGCUCAACCAAGCUGAGCACCUUCUCCAGCCAGGGCAAGGGCAAUGUGCAAAUGCGUCGCACCACCAACAAACAGGGCAAACAGGCGCCACCUCCACCCAAGCGCACCAGCCUGCUCUCCAGCAGCCGGGACUCAACAUAUCGCGAGGAGGACGCAACACACAACUUUAUCGAUGAGCUCAAUACGAAUGGUAGUAGUAGCAACUUCCACUUCAAGUCCAACUCCAACAACAUUUUUAGCCAAACCCUAUGUAGAAAUUUUAAAACCCAAAUUCCAACCCAGACAAAAAUACGUACACAACAACAACAACAACAAUUAUUACAAUCAGUACAACAACAACAACAACAACCACAGAAACAACAACAACAAACGUAUUCUAUUAAGAAAUCAUCCUCCUGCAGUAGUUUCCUUUACGACAUCCUAUUUCGAGGUAUUUGUCAAUGGAGUCUUACCAGGGAUAUAAACAAUUUGACGCAGCGUUAUGACUCGGAAACGGAUCCGGCUGCAGAUCCCGAUACGGAUGCCACUGGCGACAGUCUGGAGCAGAGCCUAACGGCUACACCGCCAAACAAGAUGCAGCAUUCGCUGCAUGGCGGCGUCCCAGGGAUGUCGGUGGGCAUUGGACCGCGUUCCUCGCAGCAGCACAGCUCCUUCAAGCGUCCUGUGAUGGGCAAUCGGGGACUGGAGACGCGUCAGAGCAAACGUUCGCAGCAACAUCCAGCCAGGGAGCAACCUGGCAAUGGGAAUGUGAACACCAAUGGAGGAACACCUGUACUGCCGGCUCAUCCCAUCACUGUGGGCGCCUUGGAGGUUAUGAAUGUGAAGCGUGUGGUCAAUCGCUAUGGAACAUUGCCAAAGGUGGCACGCAUCGGUGCCUUCCUGGACAGCUUGGAGGACAGCAGCAGCAGCAGCGGUGAGGCAGCCAAUGGACAUGCCACGCCCCCAGCACGUGCCCCACCGGCGGUGCCAACCGCACUGUCGACGGCAGCCUCAAAGGUGCAGCAGCCACAGCAGAUGAUACGCAGCAACUCUUCCGGCGGCGUGACGAUGCAGAACAAUGCAGCCGCCAGUCUCAAUAAACUGCAGCGACAUCGCACCACCACGGAGGGCACAAUGAUGACAUUCUCCUCGUUCCGAGCCGCCGGCAGCAGCAGUUCGCCCAAACGUGGUGGUGGUGGUGGUGGCAGUAUUACCCAGCCGGCAUUGGCCAAUCUGGAGUUCCCGCCGCCACCGCUGGAGGAGUUUGAAGCAUUGCCGCCGCCACCACCACCGCCAGCGCCGGAAAGUGCCGUCCAGGCCAUACAACAGCAUCUGCAUGCUCAGCACAGCAGCAGCAACGAUGUCAGCAAUACGGCGCCCAGCGUCGAGGAGGCCAGCUCCCGUUUUGGCGUCUCGCUGCGCAAACGUGAACCUUCAACGGACUCGUGCAGCUCACUGGGCACGCCACCGGAAGCAGCACCAGCGCCGCUGCCCGAGAAGAGUCUCAAUCUCAAGGAGAAGCUCAUCACCGAGAUCAAGUCCGCCAGCAAGCAAACCGAGUCGUCCAAUUCCGGCUAUGCCAAUGGAAGUGCACCAGCAGGUGCUGCUCCGCCUGCCGUUGUGGAUCCAGUGUCGCAGCUGGUGACGGAGCUGGCGGAGAGCAUGAAUCUGCCCAAACAGCUGGCUACAAAGCUGACCAAUGGCAACAGCAAUAUUAACAGCAACUCCAACACCAAUACCAGCAACAACAACUUCAAGGCACAGCUGAAGAAGGUGGAGCCAAAGAAACUGAAUGCGCCAAUGCCAAAGGCCGAGCAGCCCUCAAAUAUAAUUGACUUUAAGGCGCAUCUGCGCAAAGUGGACAAGGAGCAGCAAGCUCCACAGCAGCAACAACAACAGCAACAACAACAGCAGCAGCCGCAAUCCCAGAGCAAUCCAAAUCCAAAUGCCAACAAUUGCAACAAGUUUAGCAGCGCAACAGCAGCAGCAGCCGCAAAUCAAAAGACUGAAAUCAAAAUCGAUGUUAGCAACUCGAAUGCUGAUGCGGAAUCCACCACGACCACCAACACCAUGGAGAUGGGCACAGAUGCAGCGGGCAAGCGACGCAGCACAGGUAGUAUUAAUAGCUUAAAGAAACUUUGGGAGCAACCGCCUGCUGGGGUGACAGAUUAUGCCAGCACCACAAUCCCACAAGCGUCAGUGGCCAGCAGCAAUGGUGCAAAUGGUGCAAAUGUUGUUGUUGCAUCGCAGUUGUCGCCCAAGUAUGGACUGAAGGCGUCACUGCCAAUGGCCACGACCAAGCUGUUUGGUAAUAAACCGCCACCAGCGGCACCACCACCACCGCCCCCCAUUAGCACCACACUGAGCACAUCAUGUCCGUCAGCACAACCCAAACCACAGCAACCACAGCAACAACAACAGCAACCAAAGCAGCAACAACAGCAGCAACAACAACAAAAACUAGUAGCAGCAGCAACAUCUAAACUAGCAACAACUGCAAUAAAAACAUCUCUUUCAACGCAACUCUUCACAGAUGCCGAGAUCAGCAGCAGCCCCACCACCAGCAACAGCAACGAGGAGCAACAACAUCCAAUAUCCGAGGGAGCACAGACGGAGAUAAUGACGCAAUCGUUGUAUGGCAACGAGCAGCAGCAAUUCCACAACUCGACUCAUCAACAGAAUCAGAGCAAUUCCAACAGCAAGCUGAGCACCUCCAGCAUCGUGACGAGCAACAGCCAGAAUAAGCCUGCCGUGCCCCAUAAGCCAACCAAGUUGACCAUCUAUGCUACGCCCAUUGCCAAAAUAGCUGGUGUUGGUGUGGGCGGCGACAACAUCAAUUCCACGCAAAUCUCCAGGGAGAGCAUACUGGAGCUGGUGACACUGCUGGAGGGUUCCCUAAAGCAUCCGGUGAAUGCCAUAUCUGCAUCUCAAUGGUUGCAACUGAGCGACAAGUUGAACAUAUUGCAAAAUUCAUGUGUGGUUUUUGCGGAGAAUGAAUCGAUGCCGCCGCACUCGAAAUUCCAUUUUCGUGAGCUGGUCACGAGAGUGGAGACACAAUCGCAGAAUCUACGCACCGCUGGCAGCAAAAAUGUCCAGGACAAUGAGCGAUUGGUGGGUGAGGUUGGUCAGUCGCUCAAGCAGAUUUCGAAUGCGUUGCAUAGGUAAAUGAUAAGAACGGGGAUGGAUCAGCAGAGGAGCGGUGAACCGGACAACAAUGGCGCUGGCAUUUGGCUGGACGCCGAGGGCAAUUUUAUCAAGCGAAGGCAACCACAGUGAUAAUAACAACAAGAACAGCAUCGCUCCCACCAUCCCCCACGCCCCUCACUGGCGCAAACACAACGAACGAACAGAUACAGAUACAGAUACAGAUACAGAUAGAGAUAUAGAUACAGAUACAAAUACAGAUGACGACAAAGAUACGCAACGACGGAAUUAGAACGUAUAACUUCAAGCCCAGCGAAGAAGCGAAGAACAGAAAGAACAACAACAACCUACAACUAUAUUUAAUUAUUAACUAUGAACUAUAUAAAUAUAUAUAUAUAUGCAUAUAUAUAUAUAAAUAUCGUAAAGUAAUACCAUCAUGAGUAGUAUCUAUCUUUAGUAGCCGUAGCGAUUAUACAUACAUACAUACAUCUAGUCAUAUAUAUCUGAUGCAUCCGCUUAAAUUCGAUUGAGAGAUUGGGGCGGAACACAAGGCUUCUAACUGAGUUGCAAAGCAAAAAAAAAAACAAACAUUUUCUAUAUAGGCAUUUCUCGCGUUUCUCUUCAUUUUGAAUACCUUUCUCCCAUCUAUUUACUUUUUAAAUUAAGAAACAUAUAUUUUGCAGAUUAAGGUAGAGCUUCGUUUUAUAAACAAACGUACAUACAUACAUUGAAAGACAUACAUAUACAUAUACAUACUGACGACGAGAAAGAAAGGCAAUACGAGGAAGAUAGAGAGACAGAGAGUGCAUGAUGAAUAAAAUAUAUAUUCAUAGAAUAUCUCAAUAAAGUAGUAAUUAUACAUACAUAUACAUAUACUUGCACUCACACACAAUGCAAAUAUAUUUAUAUAUAUACAAACAUACAUUUAUUUACAUACAUAUAUACUAGUCGGUAAAAGUGUUUUUAGUAUAUCUACAUAUAUAAUAUAUAUAUAUAUAUAUAUAUGAUUUAUACGUGCGUUAAUUAUAAUAUGAUGCCCGUUAAAUGCAAAUCGAAAACUCAAUCUACAACGUUUAGACUUUUCUUCGUGUUUUAGUACUCGUAAUACCUACAAUACAUUAAAACAAACAAAUAUAUGAUCUAUGUGUACUACUUGGCAUAAAUUAUAAACAGUAGCAAAGCCCAAAGAUAUUAUUAUUAACGACUACUCGAAAAGAUAUAUAUGUAUAUGUGUUAGUUGCAAAGACUAAUCGGACUUAUUUUUUAGUUUUAUGUUGAUAAUGCAAAAGAAAUAAAAUUGGUGGCAAACGCUUUUUAGACAUACUUAUUAUA